AUGUUUGAUAGGAAUAGAAAACGACGGUGGAGCAUAUAUGUUGUGGAAGGAGGACACAAUGACGACAAGGCUGCAGUAGUACUAAGGUUGUCGACGGCGACGAUAGUUAUGGCUGUGGUUGGUAGGGUUGGUGAUGGCAACGAUAGUGAUCAUGGUAGUGGAGGUGGUGGCAGACAUGGUAGUGGAGGUGGUAGAGUUGGUGGCAACGGUGGCAGAGGCGGUGGUGGUGACAGUGUCGAAGGUAGUGGUGGUGGUAGAGGUGGUGGAAGUGGCAGUGGGUUGGUGGCAGCGGAAAGGGGAUGUGGUGAAUUCAUAUAUGAAUAUACGUAA